AAUUGUGUGUGCGCGCUUUUUGGCAAUGGGAGAUGCUGUGAGUCCUUGUGCAGAGAGGGACUCAAGAAUUGCCUUUACAGAAUAUGAAAAUAGCUUCCUAGAGAAGUUUCAUAUCAAAAUGUCUACGAUUAAGAUGAAGGCCGAAGUUAAUGAAGGGUUACCAAGUGAAAGCCACUUUUCUGAUAAGAUUGAUCGCAUUUAUCAAGAUCAUUAUGAAGCAUUGAAGAAGUUUCAAAACAUUAUUGAGCAACAGAAUUUGAAGCUUCAGCAAGUAACGGAUGAAGUUGAGAAGCUGUCAGCUACUACUCAAAAUGGCAAUGGGAAGAGAUGGUUAUUUAAAGAGAGGAAAAAGAUGGAGGCAAUGCUGAGACUGUUGAGGGAUGAAGCUGGAGAAUCUGAAAAUCAUGCAGCCUCGGAUGAAACACGAAUUGCGGAAGAGGAAGAGAGAAACAAUGAAAUGCACAAAGUUCGGGAAGUUUUGAUUGAUGGUUUGAAAGACAUGACAAGUCCUAAUCCUUUUGGUGUUAAGAAAAUGGGAGAUAUAGACUGUAGACCAUUCUAUGACAUAAUGAAGAGAAAACAUUUGAAAGAAGAUGCACUACGCAUAGCUUUGAACAUGUGCCAAUUGUGGAAUGAAUGUGUCAAAGAUCCAAAGUGGCAUCCUUUUAAAGUUAUCGAGGUUGAAGGGAAAUUUGUGGAAGUCAUCGACAAUGACGAUAAUAAAUUGAAAGCACUCAAGAAUGAACUGGGUGGAAAAGUACUCAAUGCUGUGAUCAAAGCUUUGAUGGAGAUUAAUGAAUAUGAUCCAGUGGGUCGUUCCAUAGUUCCAGAGCUUUGGAACUUUGAGCUAGGCAGGAAAGCAACCUUAAAAGAGGUCAUUGGGUUUGUACUGAAUCAAUGGGAACAGAAGAAACGCCCAAGGCUUCUACCGUAAGGAAUGUUUGAAAAUGAAAGGCUAUUUUUGGUUCCUGGUGGACUUGGAGACAUGCAUAUGUUCUUAUAGUUUUAGUGUAAGGUUUCUUUUGUAGCACGGCUUCAUAUGGUCGUUGUUGGGGAAAACAAUAUGUUAAUUAUGUUAUGUAGUUCUUUGUUUAGUUUUUGAUUAAAUCACUUUUUGAAAGAUCUAUAGUGUAGAGUUUACAUACUUGGUCAUCAACAGGGUACUUAACAUCAUCUUUUUGUACGAAUGAGUAAGACUUAGAAUA